AUGGGUGGAAACGAAAGUAGACCAAGGCAAGAUAACGGUAAACGACCCCAACAGGCACAGGUGAAUACUGCAUGUAGGCUGUGUGGGAAAGAUCAUGGUAAUAGACCUUGCUUGUUUGGAACAUCCAAGUGUUAUAUUUGUAAUGAACCAGGACAUAUGGCUAAGAAUUGCUCAAAGAGGUUUACUCAGAAUCCAACGCGAACCCAGCAACAAGGUCGAGUGUUUGCUAUGACUGCUGAUGAUGCUAUGCAAUCAGACGCCCUGAUCCAAGGUCAUUGUUAUGUUAAAAAUCGAUUUCUAACUGUAUUGUAUGAUUCGGGUGCAUCGCAUUCCUUUAUUUCUUUAACUGUUGCUCGUGAGUUGGGACUAGAUUUUUCUGAGUUGAACUUUGAUCUAAUUAUCCAUACCCCUACAUCCCAAAAUGCUUUGACUAGUUUAGCGUGCCUGCAAGUACCAUUCACUAUUAGGAACAGGACUUUUACACAUGAUCUAAUCUGUUUGCCUCUAUGUGGUUUAGAAGUUAUUCUAGGAUUAGAUUGGUUAUCUAAGUAUCAUGUUUUCCUUGAUUGCUAUGAAAAAACUGCUGUUAUUCUAUCUAAUGGUUUAGAUAUUAAACCAUUUUUGUCUCAUACUUUAUAUCUGAAUUUUGUAAGAGUUACCUUAGAUGGGAGUGAUUGUGAGGGGUACGUUCUGUUAGCGGCUAGCUCAAAUGACAGUGAAUUAAGCUUAGAACGAAUCCGAGUGGUGAAGGAAAUUCCCGAUGUUUUCCCGGACGACAUACCUGAGUUUUCUCCUCAGCGAGAGAUAGAAUUCAGCAUUGAACUAGUACCUGGAACCGGACCAAUUUCCAUAGCACCGUACCGGAUGUCACCAUUGAAACUUGCAGAGUUAAAGAAGCAGUUGGAUGAGUUACUUGGAAAGAAAUUUAUUCGUCCCAGUGCAUCACCUUGA